ACCAGGAACAUCCUGCCAAGGACUAACUCAAUAUCCAAACUUAAUUAUAAAAGUGAAGAUUUGCCAUCAAGAACUUCCAAUUCUUCCUCGAGAGUCUCCAAGACUCAGGUAUCUGGUGGGCGAGGAAGCCAAGAAAUUACUCUUGACUUCAGUGCGGACAGAAGGAAAGGCAGCCCGGUCAGGGAUCGUAUCUCCAGAUCCAGCUCUCUGGACAGGGAGAAUGACAGUCCAUCUGCAGUAACAAGACUUACCAACCAUGGAACACCUCCCAGCAGUGGUGCCAACAGUCGCCGCUCGUCAAUAGGAGGCUCUUCAGCAGAGGGAUUGGUGGGGCUGCGAAACUUGGGCAACACUUGCUUCAUGAACUCCAUUCUGCAGUGUUUGAGUCACACCAAGCAGCUUGCUGAUUACUGCAUGAACGAAAACUACAUAUUUGACCUCAAGGACUCCAACAGCAGUAUGAAAGGAGCGCUCAUGAAAGCUUUUGCCAACCUCAUCAGGCAGAUGUGGAGGGGAUCAAGUGAUGCAGUCAGCCCUUCUGCAUUCAAAGCCCAGAUCCAGAAGUUUGCACCCCGCUUUGUCGGAUACAACCAACAAGACAGCCAAGAGUUUCUGCGUUUCCUGCUGGAAGGUCUCCAUGAUGACAUCAAUAAGGUGCAGGUCAAACCUAAGCCCAGCUACAGCGAUGAUGAAGAGAUAGAGAAACUCAGUGAUGAGCGGAAGGCUCGACAUGCCUGGAACAAGUACUUACUCAGGGACAACAGCCAAAUCACAGACCUGUUUGUGGGCCAGCUGAAGAGUGUACUACAGUGCACACACUGCCAGCAUUGUUCUGUUACCUUUGACCCCUUCUGGGAUUUGUCGCUGCCAAUACCUAAGAAGUCCAGCAUUGAUGUCCGAGAUUGUCUAAGGGACUUUGUUGAAGAGGAGAUCCUGGAUGGGGAUGAGAAACCUACCUGCUCCAAAUGCAAGGCCCGUCGGAAGUGCACCAAGCGCUUCUUCCUGCAGAGGCUGCCCAAGAUCCUGGUGCUGCACCUGAAACGGUUCUCUGGCAUGAGGUAUCGCCAGAAGCUGUCCACAACGGUCAACUUCCCCCUGGCCAAGCUCAACCUGCAGGAGUUCACCUGUCCUGAGAGCCGAGGAAGUGCCCCAGCCACCUAUGACCUGUAUGCAGUCUCCAACCACUCAGGAACAACAUUUGGUGGCCACUACACAGCAUACUGCAAGUACCCCACCACAGGCGACUGGCACUGCUUCAACGACUCAAGAGUGAGCUCCAUCUCGGCCAGCAGUGUCAUAUCAUCGGAGGCUUACGUCCUGUUCUAUGAGCUACGAGACAAGUCCCGCUUGUAGUGUCAGAAAAGUACACCCCAACAAUUUACUUUACAUUAUUCUACUCACUGUCUUCCACUGAGAUAAUUCUUUAUAAACAGAAGUAUCUUAAUCAUUAUUUUGUGGCAAGGACAUUUUCAGGCCUAGUAACAAUGCGAAAGGUGUAAAGGUGUAUCCUUCAAAAAUGUGUCAAACAAGAAAGGUAGAAACAGUCUUCAUUGUUGCGUACGGCAGGUACCCCUCAAGCAACAGCCUAAACCACAGUGGUGCUGCUGUAAUGUAGAAUGAACAGCUCAUCUUCAACAAUAUUUAGUAUAUACCGGUAAGCAGGUUGUAUUCAGCUGCAUCUAUUGUUCAAGGGUUGUUUGUAUGUAUAUAGAUAUAUAGAUAACAUACCUGUAACAAACAGCAAAGGUGUAAUAUAAAAUUUGAUAUAGAUAUUCAUACAUAUAUGUAUGUAUGUACAUGUAGAUAUCAUCCACUAGAUGACCACUACUACUGUGUAAAUUCAAUAUGUUGUCAAAGCCAAAUGUUUAAAAAGAUUUAGCACCAUUUCACUUAAAAUGUGAAGCAAGAUGCCAUGGAAUUAUGCAGUUUCACAUAUCCCUUAUAUUGUAUUUUAUUUGUACAUAUCACAUUUUACUUUACAGAAUUGCAGCAGGUGCCCAAUAUCUUGUAUGUUUUUAAAGUUUUCAUGCUAUAUGUUGAUUUUGCAAUAGUGUUUGUCAUUAUAUUAUGUCACUGUUUGGUGUGUUGUUCUAGUGUCCUUUAGGAUCUUUAAUGAAUAUGUGAUUGGAAUACUGAUUAUAUAUUACCCCACAUGGGGUUGUUUGUGCCUGGUGUGGAUGGGUUGAGGAUUUUUAGCACAUAUAAACUAUACUUUUGAUGUUAUUUAUCCUAUACAAGUAACAGGACCUCUCUCGUUGGAAUCAGCCAAGGGACAGUAAGAUGACAGUAACAGUAACAGAACAAUAGAAAUCUUCAAUGGUAGUCAAUACCACAUGUCCAGAACAGUGGCAAACAUGACAAAAGUGUAUUAUGGCAAUACUUUCUAUCACAGUUCCAUCUGUUGAUGCCCUAGAUGAUGGCAUCAUCUCACAAACUUGGUGUUUCAUGUCACAGGCUGUACUGUAGAAUGGUUACAGAAAUGUCAACAGCAGAUAGCAGAAAGUGGCAUUUUAAAGUCAUCCGUGCCUGCUGUAUACAUGUAGGUAUGGACACUUUAAUGACUGUUAGAGAAAACUACGUGCACAUGUAAAUGUGUAGCCAGGAGAAUGAUCUGUAGUGAAAGCAGACGAGGGAAGUGAGAACUGUCAGAUGCAGAGAAGUGGUUGAUGAUACUGGUGGUAGUGGAAAUACACUCAUGGGUCCUUAGGACAAAGGGUCUUGAAUAAAGAGAUCAAACCUCA